AGUCAGGCGACAGGAUCUCAAAAUCUUGCUACUAGCUCCGAAGUCAAGCUCAGAGAAGCCUGCAAAAACGACUUCCAGCCUGCACCCAACGCCCACAAUUAAUUUACUCGAACGAUAAAAGAAACACUACUCUAGCUAGAAACUUCUUGCUAGUAGCUAGCAGCCUCAAGCAAUAUUGAACCCCUCGUCGAACAAACACCACCAUGAAGUCUCGCAUGGCGUUGACGAUCCUGAACUUUACCUUUCCCGUGGCGGCUCAGCCAACUCCAGCGCCAUUUGCUCCCUGCGACUUGCUGCCGCUUCCCGCUUCUUUGCUCCCGUCGCAAUCUCGCAUCUACCGCGUGGCAGUCCUGGCGUUUCGGGGGGUUGACACCGCGCAAGAGCAAUGGAGUCUUUUGUUUGGGGACUACUUGACGGCCACGGCUGGGAAGAGGUUUGAUCCACCCGUGUCAUUUGAAAUGGUGCCGGUGCCGUUUGGCUUGGAGCGAGAGCCUGUCGACGAGUUCAUCCAGGGCGGCUAUGACUUUGUCUAUGCCAAUCCUAGCAUGUUCAGUUGUGUCGACAGUGAAGUCGGAAUGAACACUCUGGUCAGUGUCAUUUCCAAGCGCAAGGUCAACGGACAAGUCUACUCCUUGACAGAGUUUGGUGGAGUCAUCUUCACGUGGGCGGGGAAUGACCAAAUCAACAAGGUAGAAGACUUGGCAGAAAAACGGUUGGGGCUGGCCAACAUUGCUGGGUUGGGAAGUGGGCAGAUGCAGUUUCGAGAAAUGAUCAAGAACGGUCUUCACCAUUUGCAAGACCCCAAGCAACUCAUCUUUUACGGAAACCAAAACAAAGUCGUACAGGCUGUCUUAAACGGGGACGUCGAUAUUGGCUUUGUCCGAACAGAUCAAUUGGAACGUUUCAUUGAUCCCGCCACCAAUGAACCUCUCGACCAAUCCAAAAUCAAGAUUGUCGGACCCCAACAGAACCUUCUCGCCGAUGGAAGCCCCUUUCCCUUUGCCGCAUCCACGCAAGAUCUAUAUCCAGAAUGGGCCCUCGCGAGCUUUCCCAGUGUCGGAAAAGACAUUGAGCGAGAAGUCCAGCACAGUUUGAUGGAUCUGACGCUACAUGCUGCGGCUGCCAAGCCUCUCGUUGAAUGUUAUGAGGAUCGCAACUGCACGUCGUUGCUGUUGGAUGACGACAACAGGGCAACCUGCCAACAAGAGUGCUUUCGUCAAGCCCAUCCUUGGGGGCAUCAGACCUGCGAAGCGGAUGCUGAUACGACACUCCUCGCAGACUUGGCACAGACUGCCGGAAACUUUGCAGGGUGGAGAACGCCCCUGUCGUACAUGUCCAUUCGAAAUAUGCAACAAGAGAUUGGUUUUAUUCAGCAUCGCCAGGAUGGGACCUUUCAGUGUCUGCGGGGAGACUCGUUGGCCGAUUCCGUUGUCUGUCCAUUGGAGCAUUUCAAAAAGUCGGUCGACGAAAUUGCGACGGGGUGCGAGGAUCUGGGCAUGCCAUGUUAUGGGUUCUCCUGCAUGUGCAAGCCAUGUGUCAAAUCCUACGACGUCGAUGUCUUUCCUCUGAUGAUGAUGCCGGCAUCCACGAACUCGACCAAUCAACAACAAGUUGGAUGCGGCAAGUUCGAUGUGUGCGGCGUAGUCCAACAGAACCACAAACGUACCUUCCGAGCAGUGGACAAUCGUAAGCGACACAACACGUCCUUUGCGGUGCUACUUCACGCGGGUGGGGACAGUCAAGAAUAUCACAUGAAGCAAAAUGACACCUAUGCCUACGAAUUUGAAUUCGAUGCCACAGACAGCAAGGUUGGCUAUCUGAUAAUGGAGAUCAGUGUGCUCGAGGAUGGCGAAUGGAAACAGGUAUCACAGAGUCCUUUUCGACUGGAAGUGGUGCCGCCUGAUUGCCAGGCAGAGACUGGAGACAGUGGGCGUGUGGCAGAUGCCAACGGGAAUUGCAUUUGCGAUAACUCCACCAUUGAGCUUCCUUCGGGAUGCAUGCCGCUGGGAGUGUUCAUACCCGCAGUCAUGGUUCCAAUUAUACUGGCAGCUGCGGCAGGCAUGUUCUGCUACUUGUGGCGCAAACGACAACAAGAAGACCUGGUUUGGCAAAUUGCUUCGAAAGAGCUUUGCUUUGAUUCGCCGCCGAAUGUCCUUGGGAGGGGACGAUUUGGGAUGGUAUACCUCGGCACCUUCAGAGGCACCGAAGUUGCGGUCAAGAAGCUGCUAGAUCCUGACCAGGUUGACCAAACUGCACACAGGUCCAUGGGAGUGCGUGAGGUAGGAAAGCUCAUCUCUCUCGCAGGUGUGAAGACGGGUGAUGUGGAAACGUUUCCAGACGAAGAUGCGUCCCAGACAGAGCAUGAAGGGAAAGUAGGUAUCAGGUCUUGCUUGUUUAUUCCGCCCCAAAGUAGUCACGGCUCUGGCAAAAUGAACACCACUUUGGGUAGCUCCCGGAAGCAACAGGCAAGUUUGAAGUCAGAAAUGAGACUGCUCUCAAAGCUUCGACACCCAAAUGUGGUGACCAUCAUGGGAUGCACCCAGGACAUGAGGCUUGUUAUGGAAUACAUGGAAUUGGGCUCGAUGAGUGAUGUUUUGCGCAGUCCAACAAUGGUCGUUGAUGACGGCAAAGUACUCGGGAUGGUGCAAGACGUUGCAAAGGGGUUGCGCUUUUUGCACGCAACAAAUAUUAUUCACGGAGAUCUCAAAGCUCAGAACGUCUUGGUUGAUGCCAAGUUUCGGGCCAAGGUUGCGGACUUUGGCUUAUCCAAGCAUCCGAGACGUCGUCGAGGAAAGGGGGCAUCUGGCACUCCCUUUUGGAUGGCACCCGAGCUUCUUCGAGGAACAAGUGGCAAUACGACGAUGUCCGACAUCUACUCCUUUGGAGUUUUCCUUUUUGAAGCAUACAAACGGCAAUACCCAUACCAGGGAGAAGAUCCCAACGAAGUGCUCCGCAAGAUUAUUGAUCCCCUCGUCAACAAAUGUCCAUCCAUUCCUUCGCGUUGUCCCAUGCAGGUUGCUGGUUUAAUGGAGGCUUGCUUCGAAGAGCCUGAAGGGCGUCCCACGGCCAGCGAAAUCGAUGAGAAACUUGCAAGUAUCACCCAAGAUGGCGGCAGAGGUCAAGCAUUGCUCUGGGAGCUGUUCCCAAGACAUGUUGCAGCUGCGAUUCGAGACGGGCGGACGGUGGAGCCUGAAACCCACGAGAAUGUUUCGGUUCUUGUCAGCAACAUCGUGGGACAUGAAACCCUUGAGUCUACCCUCUCCCCAACAAAGCAUUCCAAUUUGCUAGACCGUUUGUAUAGCAAGCUUGAAAACCUUUGUGAUCUCCACAACGUUUUCAGGCUGGUGACAGGGGAUGAUGGCUUCAUGUGCGCCACAAACUUGGCGGAGGAGCAACAUGAUCACGUCCGUUCCAUUGCUGCAUUUGCUACAGAUGCGCUCAAGGCAGCCGCAUGUACUUUAGUUGAUGAAGGAGACCCAUCCAAAGGUUACGUUAGCAUACGGAUUGGAAUUUCUUCUGGCACGGUGGUGUCUCAUGUGGUUGGAUCAAGAACUCCCCGAUACUCAAUCUUUGGCCAACCUGUCAACAUCGCAACCAAAUUGGAGAGCUCGGCUGUCCCAGGACGAGCACAAUGUUCUGAGGUGUCUGCUGAUCUCCUUAAGGAGCAAGACCCAGAGGCUGAUCUGUUUCUUCACGGAACGGUACCAAUUGAUGGGGGAAAUGAGAUUGUAUCAUAUUGGAUUGGGGAGCCCAUCGUACCUGGCUCCGAGCCUGUUGCGGCAGCGCCAGAAAGUGGUGUCUCCAACAAGGGUUUGGGGAGUCUGAUUGAAUGGAACGUGGACGUGUUGGCUCGUGUCCUUCGAGAGAUUGUUGCAGCCAGACACACACACCAUGGCAAUACGACACAAACAGACUUCUCCCACUUGGCCGCAGCAAGUGAGGCAGGGACUAUUAUUGAUGAAGUAGAAGAAGUCGUAUCCCUUCCCAAGUUCAAUGUCGAUACUGUACGACGCAUGAAGGAACGACAGGGUGCGGCCCUUCCUCCUGAUGUAAUGCUGCAACUACGAGCCUUCGUCACUGAGAUCGCACAGAUGUAUGACAACGACGUCCCAUUUCACAACUUCCAGCACGCAAGUCAUGUCACUCUCUCGGUGGUUAGGCUGCUAACGCGAAUCAAGGCUGUGCCAAUGGAAGGGCAGGGCGCAACCAACCGAGACAACGAGGAACAGAGCAACAUGUCUCUCCACGAGUGUUCAUUCGGUAUUGCGUCGGAUCCAGUCACUCAACUUGCUAUCAUCUUCAGUGCAUUGAUCCAUGACACGGCACACCAAGGUGUCCCGAAUACGCAGUUGGUGAAGGAGAACCAGGAAAUCGCGGCCAGAUACAAAGGUCGAAGUGUUGCUGAGCAGAACUCGGUGGCGUUGGCUUGGAAUUUGUUUAUGAACCCCAAGUUCAGCGAGUUGCGUCACACCAUUGCGCAAACAGAGGAUGAAAUCACCCGCUUUCGACAGCUGGUAAUCAAUUGUGUCAUGGCGACGGAUAUCGUCGACAAGGCGCUCAAGCAACUCCGCAACAAUCGAUGGGACACUGCUUUCAGUGGGCAAAUUGCAGAAGAAGAGGAGAAGGCAGUCAACAGGAAAGCCACGAUUGUGAUUGAGCACAUCAUACAGGCAAGCGACAUUGGACAUACAAUGCAGCAGUGGCAUGUGUACAGAAAAUGGAAUGAGCGCUUCUUCCAAGAGUGCUACAAAGCCUACAAGGAAGGGAGAGCAGAGAAGGACCCAAGCAAAGGGUGGUAUAAAGGAGAAAUUGGUUUCUUUGAUUUUUACAUCAUUCCCCUUGCGAAGAAGCUGCAAGAGAGUGGCGUCUUUGGGGUGUACGGAGAUGAGUAUGUCAAAAAUGCUCAGGCGAAUAGAGAAGAAUGGGUCAAGUGUGGGGAGCAUGCUUUGGCGGAGAUGAUGGAAAAGCAGAACAAGGGAAGACAAGGUGGUGGCACCGGUUCCGUAUCCAUGAAGCGCGUGUGAAGCGAAGGGACUAGUGAGGAUAGUGAGGGUACGGCACGGCAGCAUCCAACAUGGCAUUCCUCAGCAACUAUACGGUAGUCUUAAGAGCCAGGUGCAUUCACAUCCAGCAACGAGAUUAUAUGAUGAUUGUUUGGGGCUGAUAGUAUACUGCUUAGUCAGAAUAGAAGGUCGCCAUGCUGGUGGUGCUCUUUCACAAGGUUGUAUUUUGACCAACGGCAGGGAACACAAUCACAACCACACAGGGAACUCCAUCACAAACUGUUGCAUGGUUUUCCGCCACCAGCAGUUUGCAACCCUCAUUGCUACAGCACUUGUAUUCUGUGAGAUUUGCUGCCGCUUUUAGAGGAAUUCUGCCUGGGAGGCAGGGGUGUCUUGUACACAUCCUACGCUCAACUCCAGCAGUUGCCAGUUUACGAUCUUUGAUCGUACGGAAUCUCCUGUAGCCACAGUAGACAAGAGGAUGGAUAAGGUUCUCGACGACCAGAUCCAAGGUCUAUCCAAGCCCUCACUUUCAAUUAGUUUUCCUGUCUUUCUAAUCUCACAAUUCUAAACUCUAGAUAAUCAAAACAAUCAAACAAUC